GGGGCGCGGGCGCCGCGCGGCGCCCGAGGCGAAAAAGUAGCUGUCAAAUGCGCGGCGCCUUUAACCGGCGCGAUCAGUGCGGCUCGGCGAGUCAUGGCGACCGCAGCCUCCAACCACUACAGCCUGCUCGCCUCCGGCUCCCCCAUGGUGCACGCCGAGCCGCCCGGCGGCAUGCAGCCCGGCGGCGGCUACCGCGACGCCGGCGCCCUGGUGCAGGCGGACUACGCGCUGCAGAGCAACGGGCACCCGCUGAGCCACGCUCACCAGUGGAUCGCGGCGCUGUCCCACGGCGGCCCCGGCGGUGGCGGCGGCGGCGGCGGCGGCGGGGGCGGCGGCGGCGGCGGCGGCGGCGAGGCGCCCUGGUCGGCGGGCGCGCUGGGCCAGCCCGACAUCAAGCCGGCGGUGGUGCAAGCGGGCGGGCGCGGCGACGAGCUGCCGCCGCCGCCGCAGCACCCGCCGCCGGGGCGGGCGCCGCACCUGGUGCACCACGGCGGCGGCGGCGGAGGGCACCACGCGGCGGCGGCGGCGGCGGCGGCGGCGGCGGCGUGGCGGGCGGGCGGCGCGGCGCACCUGCCGCCCGGCAUGGCCGCGGCCAACGGCGCGCAGGCGGGGCUGCUCUACUCGCAGCCGCCCGGCUUCACCGUCAACGGGAUGCUGGGCGCCGGGCAGCCCGGGCUGCACCACCACGGCCUGCGCGACGCCCACGAGGAGCCGCCGCCGGGGCCGCCGCACCACGGCCCCGAGCACCCGCCGCCGCCCCACGGCCCCCACCCCGGGGCGGCCGGGCCGGCGCCGUCCGCCGCCGCCGCCGCGCCCCCCGGGCCGCCGCCGCACCACGACCCGCACUCCGACGAGGACACGCCGACCUCGGACGACCUGGAGCAGUUCGCCAAGCAGUUCAAGCAGCGGCGCAUCAAACUGGGAUUUACCCAAGCGGACGUGGGGCUGGCGCUGGGCACCCUCUACGGCAACGUCUUCUCGCAGACCACCAUCUGCCGCUUCGAGGCCCUGCAGCUCAGCUUCAAGAACAUGUGCAAGCUGAAGCCUUUGUUGAACAAGUGGUUGGAGGAGGCGGACUCCUCCUCGGGCAGCCCCACCAGCAUAGACAAGAUCGCGGCGCAGGGCCGCAAGCGGAAAAAGCGCACCUCCAUCGAGGUGAGCGUCAAGGGCGCGCUGGAGAGCCACUUCCUCAAGUGCCCCAAGCCCUCCGCCCAGGAGAUCACCUCGCUCGCGGACAGCCUACAGCUGGAGAAGGAGGUGGUGAGAGUGUGGUUUUGUAACAGGAGACAGAAAGAGAAGCGCAUGACUCCCCCGGGAGGGACGCUGCCGGGCGCCGAGGACGUGUACGGGGCCAGCAGGGACACGCCGCCGCACCACGGGGUGCAGACCCCCGUGCAGUGAACUCGCGGCGGGGGCGCCCGGCCCCUCCUCCUCCUCUCCUCCUCCUCCUCCUCCUCCUCUCCUUCCCCCAACUUUUGAUUGUCCUCCUUUUUUUUUCUUUUUUUUUUUUUUCUUUUCUUUUUUUUUUUUUUUGUAUUUUUUUUAUUUUAUUUUCUCCUAUCUUUAAAAAAAAAGACAAAAAAUCAAAAAAAGAAACAAGCGCGGAAAAAGAAAAGAAAACAAAAAGCGAGCGAGCGAGAGGGCGAGCGCGAAUCGCAGCGGACAGACAGAUAGACAGACAAAGCACCUGCACCACACUGUCCCUUAGACGGUAGGAGGUGUGAUGCUCUAUUUUGACCUUUCCAGGCGAGUGCCCGUGCACGGGAAUGGAGUGGGUACUGCGCACGGGCAGGCAGGCGGGCACCGGCAGGGCAGCGGCAGGCAGCGGCAGGGCAGCGGCAGGCACCGGCAGGGCAGGCGCAGGGCGAAGCGGUUCGCACAAAACUCCCUCACUCGCUGGCCAAAACAUACGGCGCUGCCCUGCCGGGGAGGGGGCGGAGGAGAAGGGGGGGCACGGCCACCUCGGGUCCCCUCCGCAGCCCCCUCCCGCCACACAAAGGCAGAUUGCAUUGUGGAAUGUCGCUCGGUGUUGGCACAUGCUGCUGUGUUUAUUUUCUGUGGAUCCCCUGUAAGAAUAUAUGUUUAAAAAAAAAAAAAAAAGGAAGAGAACUGAAAAGCUAUCCCUUUUGAUGUAGACAGUAUUUAACCGUACCAAUUUGCACUGCAAGAAAAUCGAAGUUUACAUAAACAAUUAUUUUUUCUUUUACCCCUUUCCUUUUCGACCUUAAUUUUGCAAAUGACUUGCAUUUUCCACAGUGAGCGUUAGUCAACCAGUGACCGGUCUACAAUAUGUGUUUUAGCCUUUGCUUUAUGUGUAUAUGUGAACUUUUGUUAUAAACAAGUAUUCUUCAA